CCUUCCCCUUGGUUCAUCAUAGCCCUCUGGGAAUUGCAGUCUUUUAAAAACGAAUCCUUUGUUCAGUUCAGCCGUCGUGGGAAAUGUAAAAACUACAUUUCCCAGAAGUCUCAACGAGAAACCGCUCGCUUAUAUAAACAGGGAACGGAAGUCUGUCACCCUUAGCAACGGACCUCGUGUUUCCGCCCAGUCCCACCUCUGUGGAAAAAAAAAAUAAAAAUGGCGUCGACUAAACAGUCGGGGUGCGCCGUUGCAGAAAAUUCGUUAAGCUGGUGUUUGUCGCAAUUAGGAAAAGCGACGCACAGGUCUGCCCGCAGUAGAGAUGAGAGGCAGUCUGAGGCCGACUUGUGCAGGGCGCUUAUCGCAAUCCGAAAGCGGCACAUCAAAGCUAGUGGGGGUAUUGCGCGCUACCGGGAGCGCGGUGGGCUCCUCCCCCUGCUCGAGCUGCUGCGACGGCCGCGCGCGGGGAAAACCCUCGACUUGGCGCUCAGCAUACUGGCCAACUGCUGCACCGAGGAGGGGACGAGAACCGAGGUCCGAAACCUUGGAGGGAUCCCCCCACUCGUCACCGUCUUAAAGUGCCUGAAUGCCGAAAGUGUUCAGAAUCGAGCAGCCCGUGCGCUGGGCAACCUGGCAGUCAACCCAGAGAAUUCAGCCCUCAUUCACAAGGCGGGUGAGUACAUGUGCCCGUGUCUAUGCUGUCACACGCAGACUCUUGUUCAUCGGCCUCACUCUUCAUCUCUUUGUCUCCCCCCAGGUGCCGUCUCCCACUUGCUGCACGCUCUCCGCCUCAGUUCAGAUUCUGAAUGCUUGCAAUCGGUCAUCCGGGCCCUGCGCCACCUCUCCGACAGCCCAGCCCAUCGCUUGGCGCUACUGACUCAGGGGGCCUUGCCUCCAUUGGUAGAGCGGCUCGGCCCUGACGUGUCUCAGGAAGUGACUCUGGCCUCCCUUUCUGCUCUCUGGGAACUGACGAGGGGCUGCUCACAGGAAUGUGCCCUGGAGAUGUCCAAGUGUGAUGCCCUGGUCAAGCUGGGCGCUCUGGCCCUCUCUCAGAAUGGCAGUGGCGCAGGCCAAGACCUGCUGAGGGAGCCCAGUCUCAAAGUCUUGUGCAACGCCUGCCUUCAGGGUAGCCUACGUCCCACCAUCGGCUCUGUGGGAGCCAUCCCCCGUUUUGUGGAGGAGAUUCGGCGAGAGCCGAGCAAAUCGGGACACUAUGUGCGCGCCCUGUGCUUGUGCUGCCGCGAGGCGGUCAACAGGACCAAAGUACGUGAAUCUGGGGGACUGGAGCUGCUGGUCAGCUUGCUGGAUGGGAGGACGGCCCCGUCGGCGUCCAUAGCGAAUCUAGUGGUGUACGCCUUCAUUGACUUCAUCUAUGACGAGGUGGCCCUGGAGCAGCUCCAGGCGGCAGGGCUGGUACCCUUGCUGGUAGCCCGCCUGGUGGACUUCGCCAGGGGGAAGAAGCUUGCAUCUGCGGAAGGGGAAAGCCAUGACCAGCAGGAAGAGGAGGACGAGGAGGUGGCCUGCUUGUACACUCAGUCCUUUGACUACCCCAGUGAUGGGCCUCCAAAGAGAGACGCAGCAGAGAGUAGCCAGAGUUCCACCAGCUUCCUGAGCCUUCGGUCGUGGUUAAUUUCCGAGGGUUACAUUGCAAGUCCGGGAGAGCUUUCACCGCAGUGGUCUCCAGUAGAGGGUGUCCUAGACCUGGAGGGCCUGGAGGUUGGGGGCGGCUCAAUGGUCGACUCUCUCAAUCCUUCUUCUCUUGAGCCCCCCGAAGUGGACGGACAGCCUACAGAGGGACUGGAGUCUGGCCUCUCCCUUGGAGUCCCAAGUGGACCAGAAGGUCCAGCACUCGACUGUACUGGCAUCCAAAAUGUGGAAAGAUAUGGGGAGGGCGGCCAGCAGGCAUUGCUAGAAAGCACUCACCCCUUUGGAUCUGCAGAAGGAAGUGCAGCUGACCUGCCGCUGGUGGCCACCGGAGUAACAGACACAACAUUAAACACCACCGAUGGUCAUCUCUCACCCACAAUAGAGAAUCUGGUUAAACUGGAGCAACCCAAGCCCAGAAGUUUCAUGCCUGCACAGGCGUCCAGGUGUCGGGCAAGCGGACAGCGUUGGCAGACUAUGAAGCUGGACCUGGAAGAAGAAGCUGCAUCUAUAAGGAAGCCUUGUGCCGCAGGUUCAGAAGCAGCCCACCCCUGCCAGCCUAGCGGUAGAAAUAUGGAGGUGGAUCACACCAUCUCUCUGGUGACCAUGGGCGAAAUCCGCACACCGCCAAGUGGUGGCUGUCGCCGCAGGAUGCGUGGUCGAUCCCGCUCUUCCCAAGGAGAACCUCCCUCUCCACAGACCCCUCUAGAUAGCUCACUGACCACUGGGGAAAAACGGCUAGGGACUGCGGCCAAUCUGCAGCUCCAGCAGCAACAGCUAGACCGAGAAUUUCUUAGUACCCCUGUCCGUGAGCUCCUGCAGUCCACAGAGGUCUCCCUGGGAACUCCCCAAAGCGCCAACGCCAGGUCGCAUCCUUACCACCCGGAGCCCUGGGGUCCUGAUGCCCCUCUCCUGCUGCUGCUGUCCCGCUUUUCACAAGCUUUGGAUCCAAGUGCCGUGCUGGUCACCCCUUCUGUUCUUGGGGGACUGCUAGACUACCUCACCCUCUCGCCAAACCCCAGCCCUCGCUGCUUUCGACUCUUGUCUCGCCUGACCUGCAAUCCAAACUGCCUUGAAGCCUUUGUACGCAUCUUUGGGGUCAGCAUGGUCCGCCUCAGACUGAUCUUGUCUUCGGAUCUCUGCUUAGGUGGAGGAGGAGGAGAAGGAAGCUCGGCAAGUGCUCCGGAGAAGGAGGUCUUUCAGCGUAUCCGACAGCUAGGUACGACACUCCUACAGAACCUGCGUGUCCAGUCCGAGUCACCCUUUGGAAUUGGGGUGCUGAGUCACAUGAUGAUGUCAGGAUCUGAGGGUGACAAGGUGGCCUGCACACUCGCCUUGCCCUUCCUUUGCCGGAGUGAAGCCAUGUUACGAAAGCUGCUUUUGGAUCAUGGUGGACUACAGCUGACCCUUGACUUGGUGUUCUCCUCCUCUAGUUGCCAUGCUGGUUUGACACUUGAGGCCCUUUGUGGAGCGAAGACCCCAGUCUCCGGUGUUGGUGCCCAGUCACAACCACCCCAGCUCUCCAGCCCUUUCUAUGGCUUGCUGGUUGAUGCCAUCACCUUCUUGCUGGGCCACGGUGAGGAAGACCUCUCCAAGGAUGAGGUGGUAGAACGCAGGGUAAAGGAUAACCGAAGAACUACGUCCCUUGUCCCCACUACUGGUGGCACUGGGCAGGGCUGUACCUACAAGCUGAUGACAGAAACUGGGGAAGCCGACUUGGUAUUCCUGCUGGAUGAUGGAUUCCGGGUGGCUGCCAGUCGGCACGCCAUCACGAAUGGCUCGGAUUACUUCCGGGCAAUGCUGUUAGGCGACUUUUCAGAAUCGCGCAGUGUCGCUGGGGCCACCAUCCAGAUCCGGGAUGUGCCACCAGAGAUUUUCAUUCCCGUUCUCCAUCACUUGCAUGGCUGCUCGCUGGGCACGCUGGCGGAGGUGCGCUGCCCAGAAAUGGCACAGAUAAUCACCGACAGUCAGCGGAGUGCUUUCAGUGAAUCGCCCCUGGGACGCACGAUGGAGGGGGCCAACCGCUUUCUGCUACCGGCCUUUAAAAAGCAGCUGGAGGCGCUCUUGGACUUUGAAGGUGGGGAGAACAGGUUGGAAGUCAGCCUGGAAAAUUUGCCGGCCAUCUAUUUCUUUUCCAAACAGCAUUAUUACCCGGAGGUGGCGCGCCGUUGCCUACGCUUCUUGUUCUUGCGGUCGCCAUCGGUUCUAGAGGGUGGCACCUGUCUGGCCACCCUCAUUAGUGAAUCUAUAAACCCAGCAGAGCUGAGUGCCGAACUUCAUGACCUGAUUGCCGAAUUGCUAAGGUGACAGCACAGGGUGAAGCGUUGGGGUUUGGGUGGGAUGGGUGGGGUAUUGAAGCAGACUCAUGGUAGGGUGUGCUCUGUAAAUGUGUGUAUAUAUAAAUAAAUAGAUCUAUAUAUAUAUUGUAUAAAUGAGUGCCCGGGUCAAAGAGCCUGAGCGCUGCCCGUCUGAGACGUGGUCCCUGUGUCCCGAGCAAGAUUUGAUGUUUCUUCAGUCAACGGUAGCCUACAGUGAGCAUUAAAGAGUGCUGACCUUAACCCA